CAUCAACUGACCAAACUUCAGGUUCCUCAACACAAUAUUCAACAACCUCUAUGUCAUCAUCUGUAACAACUGACGCCCAGUCAACUGACCAAACCACACGUCCCUCGACACAAUAUUCAACACCUAUGUCAUCUGAUGUAACAACAAUCGCACCAUCAACUGACCAAACUUCAGGUUCCUCAACACAAUAUUCAACAACCUCUAUGUCAUCAGAUGUAAAAACAAGCACCCCAUCAAUAGACAAAGCCACAGGUCCCUCCACGCAAUACUCAGCACCCUCUAUGUCAUCAGAUGUAACAACUGACGCCCAGUCAACUGAUCAAACCACACGUCCCUCGACACAAUAUUCAACACCUAUGUCAUCUGAUGUAACAACAAUCGCACUAUCAACUGACAAAACAUCAGGUUCUUCAACACAAUAUUCAACAACCUCUAUGUUAUCAGAUGUAAAAACAAGCACCCCAUCAAUAGACAAAGCCACAGGUCCCUCCACACAAUAUUCAGCACCUUCUAUGUCAUCUAAUGUAACAACAAUCGCAACAUCAACUGGCCAAACCUCAGGUCCCUCAACACAGUAUUCAUCAUCCUCUAUGUCUUCAAAUGUAACAACAAUUGCAGAAUCAACAGACAAAACCACACGUCCCUCCACACAAUAUUCAAGAACCUCUAUGUCAUCACUGACUAAUGGAACCACUGUAGCUUCAACAUCUACUUCUCCAACUAAAACCACCUCUCACCAAACCGAAAUAUCGACACAAACAACACCAACAUAUUGUCCCCCCUCAGAAUUGCUCCAACACAGUGAAGCACAAGACUUUUAUGGUUUCCGGUCACCAUACAUUUGCCCGUCAAUUGAUAUCAACGUAGGAGAAAGAACAAUGAAUUGCUUUCAUAUCUACGCUGGUGGAUAUUUAUCAGAAAAUUAUAACCAAUUUACCUACGAACCAGAUAGUUUAUCACCCUUUGGAAAAUAUAUUAUUGCUCCAUAUUGGGCUGACCUUUGGAAUGAAUUUAAGCAAGUUAAAUACAGCAUUUAUGAAAAAUACACAAUAAAAGGAAUAAAUAACAAUGCAGUGACUAAACUGAGUGAAAUUGAUAAAGCAAUUAAAACGUAUGCAAAUAGAGAAUUCCAAUCUAUUUGGGCACUUUUGGUUACAUGGCAAAAUAUACGACAUUAUUCCCUAAUAGGAACAACAGAGGGAAACAAUGCAGGAAUUACAUUCCAGAUGUUACUGGUCACAGACGGCUAUUCAACCUAUUUGCUUUAUCUCUACAAACCUUGUGGAAUGGAUAUGGAAAUUGAUGUAAAGGCCUUAAUGGGCUUUAACUUGGGCCGCAACAAGCGUUUCACGCAUAAAGACUCACUGAAGAAGAAUAGUUUGGUAAAUAUAGAUAUAAAGGAAGGAAAUACAGGUAAGAGUGGUGUAUGGUUAUUUGAUUUGAGAGGUAGAUAUCAAAGAACUUCCAAAUUACGUUGCCUCAAAUGGUAUGCCAAAGAUGAAGGUGUCUCAAGAUUUAAUACCUGUCCAUGUUCGUUCUGGCAAGCUUGGGCAGAUUUUCGAUUUUUCUUUGCAUCGCGGAGUGGUUGCUUCUUUUCAAUAAGAUCUCCAUCAGUGAAAUGUUGUUAUUCUUCGUCGAGGGGGUGGCGACGGCGUUGGCUUUCAUAUGGUGUUCAUCAGAGAUACAAUUACAUCUUCAAUUAUCGACAAUGGCUUGAAGACGAUGACCAACCGUUUAGAGACUGCUGUGAGCAAAACAAUAUGUGUAACCUUUACAGGCAGAGAAGACCUAGAAAUUAUUGUUGGGGUUACAGAAGUCCCUUCAGAGCUUGGAUGUUUGGAGAUCCUCAUAUUCAAACUCUCGAUGGCCUGAAAUAUUCCUUUAAUGGUUUGGGUGAAUAUAGCUUACUAAGUGUACGUAAUAAAACCUCAAACAUAAAUAUGCUAGAAGUUCAAACAAGGACCACUCAGGCGAAAAAUGCAAAUGGUACUCUGAUCAACGCCACAAUAUUUUCGGCUUUUGCAAUGAAAAACUUCAUUACCAAUACCUCUGCACAGGUUGAACUAGCUUCUGAUGAAAAGACUUUGGUUAUCUACCACAAUGGUAUUGAUAAAACAUCUGACUUCCAAAAAGAUUCUGACUAUAGGCUGAUUGACACCGACCUGUUUAUUACCAGAAAGAAUGACAACAAAACUGACCAGUCGGUGUCUCUAACAUUCACAUCUGGUGUUGAUGUAUCAGUGACGGUUGGUAUUCGCAUGCUUGCAGUAACCGUGAGUUUACCAGAAGGCUUUAAAAACACUACAGUAACCAGCGGUCUGAUGGGAGUGUAUAAUGAUAACAAGACGGAUGAUCUCACAACACCAAAUGGGACUGUUUUGCCUGAAAAUUCUAGUGAAAGGGAUAUUUUUUAUAACUUUGGUCAACAUUGGGCUAUAAAUACUUCUCUGUUUAAAUAUCAGAAGGGUUUUUCAAGUGCUGACUUUACCGACACUUCUUUUGUCCCCCUUUUUAUUGAUAAAAACUCGGAGAUUUACAAGAAAGCUUUACAGAUAUGUAAAGCAGACGAUAACGCUUGCAUUUAUGACUACAUCGCAACUGGUGAUGAAAGUAUUGCUAAAGCAACUGAAUCCCUUGAUACGGAAGCUGAAGCUGACUUCCAAGCUGCAAGAAACACAGCCCCUGAAAUUUCCGGUGAAGAAACUGUUAAUAUAAUUAUAAAUCAAACAGCCACUGCCAUUCUCAGUGUCACAGAUGCUGAAAAUGAUACUAUCACAGUCAUAAAGCAACAAGGUGGCGAGUAUUUUAAUGUCAGUAAAAACGGAUCCAAUAUUACAUUAUCAAUAUAUUUGAUGCAUUCAAAUGCAGUUAAUAUCAGCAUUAUUGCUCAAGAUGGCAAAAAUGCUUUCUCUGCCGAAUUCAUUAUGAAUAUUGUGCUAUGCAGUGGAUGUUCUGGUCACGGAAGCUGCGCAAAAGAUAACCCAAAAAUCAGAACAGAAAACUUUAUGCUGCAGUCAUGUGACUGCAAAAAAGAAUAUGCUGGUGAUAACUGUGAAAAAGACUUUGAUGGAUGCAGCGGUAAUCCUUGCCCUGGGAUAGGAAAAUGUACAGACUUACAUCCAGACGAACACAGAGCCCAAAAUACAUCUUUCCGGUGUAAUUGUCCACAGGGUUACGUUUUGAACAAUGCAACAUUCCGUUGUCUAGAUGAAGAUGAAUGUCUAAGUAAUAAAUCCUGUGAACACAAGUGUAUAAAUACCGACGGCGGUUUCAAAUGUUCGUGCAACCCUGGUUAUCAAAUUGUUAAUAAUGUGAAAUGUGAAAAUAUCAAUGAAUGCAGACUCAACACUCAUACAUGCAAACAAUUGUGUAACGAUACAAAUGGUAGUUACAAGUGCAGUUGUUACGAAGGAUAUAUAAUACAAAGCAAUGGCAGCUGUACAAAGAAUAUUUCAAGUAACUCUAUUUGUUUUAACGAAUGCAAUGGAACUGAUGGAUGUAAUGUGGUGAACGGAAAACCUGAGUGUUUUUGUAAUAUCGGUUACAAUUUAACAAAUAAUUCCUCUUGUGUUGAUAUCGAUGAAUGUCAGAAGGAUCCCUGUGAAGGUACAUGUAGGAACCUUAAUGGCACAUUUGAAUGUAGCUGUCCUCCCGGGAAAAAGGUGUUCCAAUCAACUAAAUGUGUUGAUUGUGAUGAAAAUCAUUUUGGUGAGAAAUGCGAAGGAGAUUGUAACAUGUGUAACGAGAAAUCAACUGAAAGAUGUGAUAAAGUAAGUGGAUGUAUCUGCAAUGAAGGUUGGAAAAAUAAAACAUGUGAAACUGAUAUUGACGAAUGUCAAAAUGCAAGUGUCUGCUCUGCAAAUGAAAUUUGUGGAAACCAGAAUGGAACUUACGAAUGCAAAUGCCAAUCAGGGUACAAAAAGGAAGAAAAUACGUGCGUAGAUAUUGAUGAAUGCCUUAAUAGUUCGUGCCCACAAGACUGCGUAAAUAAGCCGGGUAGCUAUGAGUGUAAAUGUCGAAGUGGCUAUAAAAGAAACGGAACUACAUGUGAAGAUGUAGACGAAUGUGCAAACGAUGUUGAUGACUGCGAACAUACAUGUGUAAACACGGACGGCUCAUUUCAAUGCGAAUGCUACACUGGUUACAAGCUGGAUACAGACCGCAAGAAAUGCAUCAAAACGAAAGUUAUCAAUACAUGCGAGAAUCUGAACUGCUCCUACGCCUGUGAUAUAAACAAUGGAACAGCUUCCUGUCAAUGCCAGAAGUUUUAUAAACUUGAUCCCGCGACAAACACUACAUGCAUAAUUUUCUCCUACGAUGUUGUCAUCAGAAUCUAUAUGCCUUUCACAGCUAAUCUAAAUGAGACACUACGUCAAACGGUGAGUUUAUUCUCUGCUUUUUAGUGUUACAUGCACAGA